CCCCCCGCGAGAGCGAGAGAAAUAGGUUAGCUGCUUCUCCAAGCCCCACCGGAUUCAAUGGCAGAGCUCUGCUGACGGAAAUAAAUUCGAAUUUGGCUCUACAUGCCGUCGUCGGCUAAAUUUUCUGUGAAGCCUGAAGAAGAACACAAAAUUCAGCGCUUUCAUCUGCCUCUAACGACCCUCAAGAAGCCUGAGCGCCUCGGUUUUCUAGGGUUUCCUACCCCUGCCAAUGCUUAAGUAAGCAAGGCACGCAAAUCUAGGCGACAAAGAGGAGAUAAGAGUGAUGAACUGCCAUUCACCUUUGAAAGGAUGCAUGGAUUCUCCACAGUUGAUGGCUUUGUGGAGAUAGCUGAAAGCUCAGCAGAGAUGAUCAAGUAUAUAGCAAAUGAACCUUCAACUGGGCUUUUCUACGUUCAACAGCAUACAAAAAAUGCUGUUCCCAAUGUUAUCAAUCUCAAGAAUAGUGUCGUGGACAAGUCUCACGAAACAACUUUGCACGCUGAAGAUUCGGAGGAUUCAAUCACGAUGUUGCAGUCGAUGAAAGACUGUGGGUUUCCUAUUGCUGAUGAAAUGAUCCGAGACAUCAAGAAGUCUCUUGCAGUCAUGUCAACCAAACACCCAAGAAGAGGUCUGAUCCGUAAUACUUCUGGUACGCAGCAGCCAGGGAGAAUGAGCACUUGGAGAUCAGCCACGUGGGGGCGAAGCGCAAUCGUUGCCCCACGCGAUGAUGACAGUGGUGGCUACAUUUCGACAGUAUUCAAAUCAGCGAGAGAAAAGGCAAGCAACUUUAAGUGGCCACAACUUGACAUCAAGGAAGAUCUUGCACGGGUUGAAGUCGACGAGCUACCACCACAACCUAACGAACCACCAGUUGCAUCUGCUAGUUCUACUUCAUCACAGCCAGAUAUAGACACUGAGGAGUUGCCUCUGGCCAGACAAGUUAAUGAUGAGUUGCAACGGGACGACCAGGUUGAUGUCGGUAUGAAUACCGAUUUACUUUCAGUGUCCGAUAAUUUCGACGACUUCAGGGCUGAUAAAGAAGCAAAACUGGAGGAGUGGUUGGGAGGGUCUGGCGGCUUGAAUGAUGUCAAAGAGAUUUGAGGGCAGGGAAAGGCCAUCAACAUUAAUUUUGUGUAGUAUAACUGUAAAAAUUAUCAGAUACAGAUCACUCUACACACGUUCUCUUCCAUCAUUUUGUCCGACCCUUAACUUCUAGAGACAUCAUUCCAUAAAUUUAUUAAAUUGCACUAGUGAUGAGUUGUAUUCCCAUAGUUUUGUAACAUGAGGCUGUUGAAACAAAUAUUUAUUGUAGUGACAGAUUAAUAUUUAUUACUGAUAAUGUUA